UUCUUUCUCCUCGCUUCGUCUUUUAACUUUAGGUUUUCCAUAGUGAUUCUGUUUCGCCUGUUCUGUGUUAUUAGGGUUUUUGCGAGAUUUAUAUUUAUCUGAACAAUAAUUCCUCUCCCCUCUCUCGCUCAUCAUGGAUCUUUCGGACCUUAAUUCAGCUGAAAUGCAGAAAUUUUACUCUGAAGAACAACAAAGAGCUAUGGUUAAUGAAAUGGUAGCAAAGUUGACUAGUGAAUGCUGGGAUAAAUGCAUCACUGGUACACCUGGGAAUAAGUUCAGUUCCAGUGAAACUAAUUGCCUUACAAACUGUGCACAGCGUUACAUGGAGAUGAGCAUGCUUAUCAUGAAACGGUUUCAGAGUAUGCAAUGAAGAUCAAUGGCUUUUUUUAUUAACAAAUACAGUCUUAAAUAUCACCCAUUUAUAAUCACUAGUCGCAUAAUUAUUUAGCAAAUUUUGGAUUCUUCCUUUUUAAGUUUUUUCAAGACCAUUGUGUCAGAAUAUUUCGUUUUCUGUUCAGUAUUGAUGAUAAAAUGCUCAGUGUCUGUGGUGAAUAUCUUACAGCUUGUUUGACUGAAGUCUGAAGGGUGGAUGAAUUGUGAGCUGUUUUCAGUUUUAAACUAUCAAGCAAAAACAAAAUUUAUUCAUAUGUGAAACAUGUUAUAACAGCACUGAUAUUGUCAACUUA